GUGAAGCGCGCUGUUAUCGAACUACAGUGGCAGUGUGCGGCUCUACAACCUGAGGUCAGUGCAGACUAACAGCAGGAAUACAAGCGCCACAUAAACACCUCGGAGGAUGUCUGAGAUCACUGGGAAUUUGGAUUGCGAGGAUUGUUUAUCCUCGGCACAUGUGGCCAACAGCACGGAGUUACAUCUGCACCCUGUGGAUGAGGACGAACUUCUGAGAUACAUCUGGAGAGAGUACUUACACCCCAAGCAGUAUGAAUGGGUUCUCAUUGUGGCUUACAUUAUUGUGUUCUUCGUCUCACUCAUUGGAAACUCGCUGGUUUGCUUUGCAGUGUUGAAAAACCGUCACAUGCGCACCGUGACCAACUACUUCAUAGUAAAUCUCUCCUUUGCCGAUGUCUUGGUUACCAUCAUCUGCCUGCCUGCAAGUCUCGUGGUAGACAUCACAGAGACAUGGUUCUUUGGAAAGACUCUUUGCAAAAUUGUGCCUUAUCUGCAGACCAUCUCUGUUUCUGUAUCAGUCCUGACACUGAGUUGUAUUGCCCAAGACCGUUGGUAUGCUAUCUGCCACCCGCUGAUGUUUAAGAGCACAGCCAAGCGGGCUCGCAAGAGUAUUGUUGUCAUCUGGGUUGUGUCGUGCAUCAUCAUGAUCCCUCAGGCUAUUGUGAUGGAGUGCAGCAGCCUGCUGCCUGAACUAACAAACAUGACCAGCCUGUUCACAGUGUGUGAUGAACAUUGGGGAGCUGAGAUCUACCCAAAGGUGUACCACACCUGUUUCUUCAUUGUCACAUAUUUUGCACCCUUAUGUCUCAUGGUCCUGGCGUAUAUCCAGAUAUGUCACAAGCUGUGGUGUCAACAGCUUCCUGGGAGCACAUCAGUAAGGCAGAGGAAGUGGUGGUCCAUCCAGUGCUCAGCUCCAACUCCAGGGCUGGGAGAGCCUGUGAGGGUCAGGACCAGCACGGUUUGUGCUGAGAUCAAACAAGUGCGAGCCCGACGCAAGGCGGCUCGCAUGCUGAUGGUGGUGCUCUUUGUUUUCGCCUUGUGCUACCUGCCAAUCAGCGUGCUCAAUGUCAUGAAAAGAGUCUUUGGGACGUUCAAGAAAACAAAUGACAGAGAGACAGUGUAUGCAUGGUUCACUUUCUCACAUUGGCUCAUAUAUGCUAACAGUGCAGCAAAUCCCAUCAUCUACAAUUUCCUCAGCGGGAAGUUCCGCGGGGAGUUCAAAGCAGCCUUUUCUUGCCAAGGUCAGAAUCUAGCCCAGAGAACGAGGCCCAGAGCAUGCACAGACAGCCGGAAGUCCCUGUCAACUCAAGUCAACAACAUGGACAAUGUGUCACGCAUAUCAGAUCAGAUCGUGUCAGUCUUAUAAUCCAGGUGGGGAGUUCUUUUGGCGCACUCAUCAUUAAGGUAGGCAUUAAAAUGUUUAAACCUGGUUAUAAAAACAAAGGAAGAUAAUGUCUCAAAAUGAUUGUUUCAUGUUUGGUUUCACAAUUACACAAAUUAGGAGCUUUGGAGAACUGACCACUGAUUUCUGAAGACCUUCUCACUUCCAGAACACAGUGGGACAUGGCAAUCACUUGUAAUUCACUGAAACUUUCUAAGGACACUUUUUGAAUGUUUAGUAUUUAAUACCUCAUACCUUAUGUAUUUUGUGUAUAUGGGUUAAGUUACAUUGAUUUAAUUGCACAUGGAUAUUUGUAUUGUAUUGUGAAUGUAAUAUUUUGACUGUAUGACUUUCAGAAGCCAGAAUAUGUAUUACAGAGUAUUUAUUCAUAUUUAUUUAUUGGUUUACUGGUUAUACAACAGAAGAGAAGGUGUUAUAGAGAAUAAGUCUUAUAAUUCAUCAGAUGUGUAUGAACAGAUGUCCACCUUCAGUCAGUCAGUCUUCAGUGUACAUUCGCUUGAAUGUAUGAUUCUGUGCACUAUGGAAAUUAUGUCAGGUCAAACAUCAUAGUCAUCUAUCAGACUUCUGAAUAUUCAACAUGAUACCUGCAUGAAUGUCUUGGAAUGCAUCCUGGUGGACCAAAAUAAAAUGGUCCAUUCAAAGGUCCCUUUUGAAAUGCACUGAAAUGCUUCUGUCAGUCACCUUUACUGACAGCUUUGGAGCCCAGGAGCGCACACCCAUAUACAGAGGCCUAGUCCUCACCCCAGCGGCCGCAGGUUCAGUUCUGACCUGCGUCCCUUUGCUGCAUGUUAUUCCCCCUUUCUCUCCCCUUACAUGUCUAACCUGUCCUAUCAAAUUAAAGGCCUGAAAAUGCAGAAAAAAAAGAAUUGAAUAGCAGGGCCGUCAUGUAUGUAUGCUUGGGCAGUGUGUGGCAGAGCAAGUGAGAGAGUGAGACAAUUAGCUUCGGAGCGAGUAGCAACUCUAGAGUCAUAGUGAGAGAAACAAAGUGUGUCCCUUGUGCUUUCUGACCAUGGUCGGAAAGCUCUAGCAGGAAAAGUUAACCCUAUCUUUGAUUUCAUGUUGUUUACAGAGAAGGAGAACCCGGAAAUUAGUAGGUCUGCGUCGUUGAUGUUGCUGAAAACAAGUGCGACUGGUCAAACUUUUUAAACUCUGCUACAAAUGCUUUAUUUGGGGCAUUUGCUGAAGACAGCAGAUUAGUAACUGUUGGUAGUUUUAAAAUUCAUGGCAGUUGAUAUUUUAUGAACUUUAAAUGAUGACUAUUACUGAUUACAAAAUUCCAUAUUAAUUGUUUGUCGAUUCUUUUUAUUCUUGGCUUGAAUGUGAGAUCUUUGCACAUCAAAGAUAUCACUGUGGCAAACAGCACAACAAUGCACUCGCAUUUACUCCUCUUCCUCAGUCCAUCCUGGUCCAGACUGGAACAGUUUACAAAAUCCUCCUCUCCUGUCCAAAUGUCCACAUCAGUCCUGUCUCCUGUCCAAAUGUCCACAAUUUUUGCGUAAUGUAAUUGAAAUGUACAUUUUUGUAGUGGAUUUCAGUAAGUAGUAACAUUUCACCCCUACUGUAUGUCAAUGCUUUGUGAUGAUUUUGCAUUUCUGUAAAUGGAACUUCCUUGUGUCUCUUUCUUUUCUAAAAGUUACUCUAUACAUUAGUUUGCUGUUUUUGUAUCUUUAGAAAUGAUUACAUCUGUGAAGGGGUUUAUAUUUGUUGACGAAAGCUAAAUGAAUUCAGUGUAUUCAUGGCAUGAUAUGACAUGGAUUUUGGUUUUACAGUCAAAUGCAAUUUAAUAAGUAAUUCCAAAUCCCUAACAGAAUGGUGUGCAAACACAUUUAAUGAGUUUCUUUUCUGACUUGGUGGUUAUACCUCUAAAGUGUCUGGUACUAGUGUUAUUUAAAAUUGUGAUAGUCCUUGUCCACACAUUGCCUGAGCUUGUUUUUUUUAGUUCCCUGACUUGAUGUUUCUAGUGAGCUUUUAACAUGUAUUUAUUAGUUGUUUAUUCCUCACAGUAUCUGUAUUCCUGCACAUCUUUUAACAAUAAAGUAUAUAUUGAACUAAAUUGUUUAUCUUCUGCUGUCUCUUAUCCUUUAGUUUA